CCAAUUAGUCGAGAGGUGAUACGAGAGGCCGUUAGCCCGCGGCCGGCCGAUGCGACGCACGUCCCGCUCCGCCGCCGACAGUCGCAUUCGCGCCGCAGACCAUCGCAGCCGUGUCAAGUGUCGUGCUCGUGAUGUGUGAUACGUGAAGUUCCACUGUGUUUCCACUGUUGAUAUCGUUCAAGUGUGUCACUAUCCACCAUGAGUGAAGCGUCGCUGAAAGAAGAUCCUCUCACGAGGAUUCAGAGGGAGAUAAUCGAGGUGACGGAGAGGGAGCGCGAGUUCAAGGAGGGGCACUUCAGAAUGAACAGGCUCCUCUCGGAGUCCACCGUGGACGUAGCCAAGCAGAACGGGCACGUGAACGGUGAUGCCACGGACAAACCACAGCGGGCUCUGAGCCGCGCCGUCUCCACCUCGCAGCUGCUGGGCCCUAUAGCACCCUCGCCGCCGCCCGCGCAAACGCUGCUCCAUACGAACGGCUACACGCGCAGGUUCACCCCCCAGACGGGGACCAAGGGCAUCAUGCAGCGGUUCAUCGCCAGCAAGGGCAAGCUGUCAGUGGGAACGUCCCCGGUGUCGCCCACCUCGCCGGUGGGCCAGGCGCCCCAGCCGAUACUCUCGCCGGCAGCGCUCACGCCUAUCGCCCUAGCGCCCGCCGCCAUCACGCGGACACCCGAGGGAAAGCCCGUCCGCAAGGGGUACGUGCCCGUUGAAGAGAAAAUACAGAAGGAACUGCAGGAGAUGAAGGACAGGGAGCACGAGCUGAAGAAGAUGAGGAGGAGGCAGAAGCCGUUCGACAUUGAGCUGAGCGAAAACGAGACGAGCUCGGAGUCGGAGGAGGAGUAUGGCGUGGUACCAGGCCGGCUGAAGGCCGCCAGGUCCAUCGGCGAGCUGUAUGCGGCGCUGGGCGACGAGGCGCGCUCGCCCUCGCCGCGCACCGGCUCCGGCCACGACUCGAUGGGUAGCCUCAAGCCGGCCAAGUCGUUGGCCGAACUGUGCGAGCUGGCGCCCGGCCAGGAGUUCCUAGCGCCGAGCUCGACGCGCCUCAUCGCGCAGUGGGAGUCCAUCAUCCAGCAGAAGCAGGAGGCGGGCGCCGCCUAGUGCGCCACGGGACGAUGUAUUAAGUUAAUCGUGUGAUCUACUCGUUACGUAACACAUUAGGUUGUUAAAAUUGUAAGUGUCCGGUGUGCGCGUGACAUCGUUCUGCGAGCUCGCAGGUCGGGGUGGCGUCGUCGGCGGCCGCUCCGAGAGGUUUCCCGCGGAUCGAUUGCGAGGUAAUCGAUUUCCCCCGGGCCGCGAACGCGGAGAGGUUAUCAUAUCGACAAUUAUCUCUCGCGCGAUGGAAAGCGUUCGACAUAUGGAGUCGUUUUCGAAGUGUGAGUAAAGUUGGCAAGUUUCUUUCUAUUGUUCGCGGCUGUCAGUUUCCGAAAGAGUUGUCGUUUUUGUGACGUCGCUUUCCCGCGCGCGGUGUCUGGCGGCGGCGCUGCGGCGGUAUUGUUCCCGCUUCCCGCGCGCCUCCGACACGCCCGCCUCGUCAAACUGUAACAUGUGUAAAAACCGACUAAUAGCCAUUGAAAUCGCUACUAGCUCUGUAUUGUCGUUUUAUUGUACUUAUAUAGAUUGCAUAGCGUUUCCGACCUCAGACGACUACAAAAAACGUCUCAUACUUUGCAAUCGCCUGUGUGCGUUUUAAUCACAACAUAUCAUGUUGAUUAUGACUGUAUCGUAUGUUUUGUGAAGAUAAUAUAUAAUAUGUGGUUUAAUGUCCAUAUAUAUUUUACGUGUUAUCAUUAAAUGUGAACUAUGGAUGGAAAAAACGAAAAUAUUAUAAAAUCAAGGAAAUUAAAUAAAAUCAUGUAAUUUUAUAUCAAAAUCUAUAAUUUAUCUAUUAACUAAGUUUUUAAGUCACUCUAUAUAAGAUUAUGAAUGUAUCGCGGGCCUUUAAAAUAUAAUGUAAUUAGUAAAUAUAUAAAAAAGAUUAUCUACUUAAUAAUAUAUGUUUUCAUGAAAGGAUCACGCCAUUUUUAUAUGUGUAGGUAAUUUCAAUAUUUAAUAGAAAUGAUAACGCACUGAUAGUAUACUGCCGCCGGCGGUUUUAUAAAUAUAUACUAUGCACAUAUGUUUCACACAAAUUAUUAUAUACAUAAUAAAAAGUUCCAACCUAACCUAACCUAACCUAACACAUUCCCUAGUCGUUGUCGGACUUUCAAAGAUAAUAAUAAUAUUUUAUUUAAAUAAAACUAAUAAUUACUGAUUUGCUACGUUUCAAACUACAAACGCUUGCUAUGGUUAACAUUCUUUUGUAAAUAAAUUAUACUUCGCACUUUAUUUAUUUUAUUUAUAUAGAAGAAAUUAAUUAUUAAUUAGAAAAACAAUUUUUAUACAAUUUUGUGUUUAAAUAAAGAUGAAAUUAUUUGCAUCGUAAAAGCAACUUACAACAAAGAAAUAUUAGGAAAACUAUUAAAAAUUGUAUAUUUAAAGUGUCAAUUAAUGUGCCUUAUUGUUGAAAAAAAAUAUCAUUGUUUUUGAGCAUAAUUUAUGGGAACUUGCACAAUUUCAUACAUUUUAAUUACAUUUAUUUUUUAAUAAUGAUAAAUCGAGUUUUUUUAUUGUAUUCACACAUUGUUGUGAACUAAUGUAUUAUACAAUGUAUGUUUUUAUACAAAUUACCUGCCAUAAACAUAAAUCAUUGAUUAAAACAAGGGCAAGUUUGAAAAUUUAUUAAAUUACAAUGUAUUAUUAAUGGACGUUUUAUAAAAACAACAAUUCCCAUAAAUAACUCAAUAUACAUGUUUCUUGUUAAAAAUCAUGUUAAUAUAUGUAUUAUACAUUUUCCUAUUUAUUAAAAUACAUAGAAAGUAACGAUGUGAUAUGAUAUAAUAAUGCCUUGAAAGUUGAUAGAAUAUUUUUAGUAUAUUUACUCGCGUCCUCGUGACCUUUUAAAUAUAAUAAUAUUGUAACAGAGUUUGUACACAUACAUUUACAAAUAGAGUAUUUAUAUUGUGCAUAGUAGAAUUAUUGUUAAAUUAUAUUAAGGUUUUUGCAAUAAACG